CUGGAAAUAAAAAAAUGGCUACUACAAUAGCAGUCAUAUUUUGUCUUAUCUUCACAACAACUUAUGCUUAUAAUCCUACAACAUGCGGCAAGAUUCAAAAUUGUCAAUGUUCGACAAAUAUAACUGGAGAGAUAAAGUUUAUUAACAUUUCUGACAAAGAUGUAGAUUUUGGAAUAAAAGUGAAAUCAUGGGUAGAUUUACAGCUUGAUUGUAACAAUCUUGAUUGGGAUGAAUUUGAUAUUAAGAGAAUAAAUUUUGAAGAUCUAAUCGAUUUGGUGGAAUUUAAAAAUUGCAAAUUACCAAGAGAAUUUACAUUGAAACAAAUUGUCCAAAUGUUUGGAAUUAAAGAAACAAAUGGAGUAAGCUUUCAAUCUUACAACGAUCUGAGUAAUGCACUAAAAAAAGAGCAUCUUCAAGGAUUUCCAAAUGUGUCCAAAUUGAUUUUAUCUCAUAAUGGUUUAAAUGAGAUAUCACCUGAUUGGUUUAACAGUUUUCCUUAUUUGGAAUCCCUUGAUUUAUCUGAAAAUCCUCUUGUUUUAUAUAAAGAUAUUUUUAAUGAAACUUUAAAUCUGAAGGAACUUGAUUUAAGUGGAAUUGAAAUAAAACAGCUACCAGCUUAUUUGUUUACUAAAUUAAAGCGUAUAGAAAUUCUAAAUCUUGAAAGAAUGUCAAUGGAAGUAUUUCAUGAUCCAACAUUUGAAAGAUUAAAGACAUUAAAAUAUUUAAACUUAGGAUCAAACUUGUUGACGAAUUUACAGGAUUAUCUAUUUUUUGGUUUAAUGAAGUUAGAAACAAUUGAUUUGUCAAAUAAUACUUUCAAUGAGUUUUCACCAGAAUUGUUUAGUCAAAAUAAAAAAUUGAAAAAAGUAUUGUUAAACAAUAAUAAAGGAGAAUUAACAACGUUGCCGGAUAAACUUUUUAUGCAAUUAACAAAUCUUGAAGAAGUUCAAUUGAGAAAUAAUGGAUUGAAGAGUCUACCAGUGAAUCUUUUUCGGGGUUCAACAUCUUUAAAAUACAUCGAUUUGAGUGAGAAUUUUCUUCAAGAAAUACCCGAACUUAUCUUCCGAGAUCUACAAAACGUUAAAAAACUCUCAAUACGUUACAAUAUGAUUGAGAGACUUCCUGAUUUAAUUUUUAGAUAUGUAACAAAUGUAACUAAUCUCGAUUUGUCUUUUAAUCGUAUUGAUUAUGUACAAAGAUAUUUGUUUAAUGGUUUGAAAUUGUUAAAAGAACUUAACAUGGAAGGAAAUGGCUUGAAAUAUAUCAAUAACGAUGCUUUUAAAACCAAUAUAGAAUUAUCCAUUGCUAAGUUCUCAAAUAAUCAGCUACAGUUUAAUUAUGCACAUUCAAAGUCAUCACCAUUUUGUGAAAAUUUUCAUCUUACGGAAUUGCAUUUGGCGAACAAUCAAAUAAAAGAUUUUCUUUGGGAUUUUAAUCUUGGUCAACGAACUUUACAAUUAUUAAAUCUGAGUCACAACGACAUAAGUAAAAUAUCGGCAGUUAAUUUAAUUUUUGCAUCGGACGAUAUUGUUGUCGAUCUGAGAUAUAACAAAAUACGUCAUAUUUUGUUAAAUGAAAUUGAUAAGUACUCAUACCAUAAUAAAAAGGAAAGUAACAUUAUUGUUUACGUUGAAAACAAUCCUGUAUUAUGCGAUUGUGACCUAUAUGACCUUGUGCGUUAUGUUAACAAAGAUAUGCCCUAUACUGCUUAUAAUUUCGUCAAACUUAGAUUGGGAAAUUUAAGGUGUCUUCAACCUAAUGGAACAGAAGGGCCACAAAUUGAUCAGCUGAAUUUUAAAACCUACAAAUGUCUAGAGACUCAAUACUUUAAACUUCCAGAUAACUGUCAAUAUAAGUGUACUUGUCAUGUAAGACCUCGUGACCUGAGACGAGUUUUAGAUUGUUCGCACAAAAAUCUAUUUGUAUUCAAACCCGACAUGGACAAAAUUUAUCUUGUUGGAAUACAUACAUUAAUAGUGGAUCUUAGAUGGAAUAAUUUAAGGAAAAUAGAUUCAUUUAAACCUUUAGAAAUGGCAGCUAUAGAAAGAUUAUAUUUAUCUAAUAACAAGAUAUUUCAAUUAUCGGCAGACACUUUACCAGAAAAGCUCAAUGUACUAGAAUUACAUAAUAAUAAAUUAUCAAGAUUGGAUAAAUCAGUAAUUGACUUCUUCAAACGACAAAAUUUCAGAAGAUUUACUUUAAGCGGAAAUCCAUUUAAAUGUGAUUGCAAUACUACAUAUUUACUUAAUUUCAUUGAAGAACAGCAACAUAUUCAUAAAGAUUUAAAAAAUUUGAAAUGUAAGAAAAAAAUGUUCCUUUAGGUAAUAUGACCGUUGAACAAUUGUGUCGAUCUAAAGUUCCAACUCAACAAUUAAACACAAAUGAGGAAUAAAAUGAAACGGAUAUAGAGCUUGAGGUAAUAUUUAUAUAUAUAUAUAUAGAGAGAGAGAGAGAGAGAGAGAAAGAGAGAGUUAAAUAUUACAUAUAUAUUGAUUUUUAACAGAAGACGUGUUUAUUUCGUUGCAAACAAAUUUAUAUUGUUUUAGAAAACAUACAAAAAAAAAAUAUAA